CACUUCGGCACCUGCCGCCGCGAAGCAGCCUCGGGAGCUUCGCCUGCCGACGCGGGGUUGGGGUCCGCUGCUCGGGGCUUGCUUUUUCUCCUUCCUCGGGUACCACACAACCGCCACCGUGUCUCGCCAGCGAGCCAAGAUGUCCAAAGUGGCCAAAUACCGGCGACAAGUCAGCGAAGACCCGGACAUUGACAGCUUGCUGUCCACUCUGUCUCCGGAGGAGAUGGAGGAGCUGGAAAAGGAGCUGGACGUGGUGGAUGCUGCGGACGGAGGCAUCCCCCCGGAGCCCGGGCAGAAAAGCCCGAGGGAAAACUCCUCUGCCGGCCCCCAGAACUGCGAGCCCACCCUCAACCACCACGAGAAGGAGGGCAGGAGGCGCAUCCAGAGGGAGCAGUCGGUGGAUGAAAGCAGAUUGAGUGAGAGGAAGGGAGAGAAGAAUGAGGAAGAAAAGGGGAAGGAAGCUCCUUCCAAGGACCUGGCCCAGAAACGAGACACAAAAGUGGGGAAAGACUCAAGGAAGGAAGAAAAUGCUCAAAAACCAGACCCAAAAGCUAAAGCUGAGACCAAAGGCAAAGAGGAGAAGGCCAUCAACGACAAACUGAAGGCCAUGGAGAAAAAGCUGAUGGGGAAGGACAAGAAAGAGGAAGAGAAGGGUUCGGCGGUGAGGAAGGACACAGGGAAGGACAAGAAGGUGGAAGAGAAGGGCUCAGGGUUAAAGAAGGAUGAAGGGAAGGAGAAAAAGGAGGAAGGGAAGGAGAAAAAGGAGGAAGGGAAGGAGAAAAAGGAGGAAGGGAAGGAGAAAAAGGAGGAAGAGAGGGAGAAAAAGGAGGAAGAGAGGGAGAAAAAGGAGGAAGGGGAGGAGAGAAAGGAGGAAGGGAAGGAGAAAAAGGAGGCAGAGAAGGAGAAAAAAGAAGACAAGGGCUCAGCAGCGAAGAAGGACCCAGGGAAGGAGGAAGAGAAGAGUUCAGAAUCAAAGAAACAGGCAGACAAAGACACAAAAGGCGAAGACAAGAAAGAGAAGGGCAAAAAAGAAGAGGAGAAGAGCUCAGCUGGGCAAAAGGCCAAGGCAGAGGGGAAGGAGAAGGAGGAAGCGCAGGCAGAGGCGGCGGAGGGGAGGCAGGAGGCCGCAGCAGCGGCAGCAGCCCAGGGCAGCCCUCCCAAGGCCUCCAGCUCCUCGGAGGAGGCCAAGGAGGACGAAGCCUCCAGCAUCUUCGACGAGCUGAUCGAGAAGGUGAAGAACAACGACGCGGAGGUGCGGGAGGUGAACGUCAACAACUCCGACUGCAUCAGCAGCGAGACCCUGGUGCGCUUCGCCGAGGCGCUGGAGUUCAACACCGUGGUCAAGCUCUUCGCCCUGGCCAACACCCGCGCCGACGACCACGUGGCCUUCGCCAUCGCCAUCAUGCUCAAGUCCAACAAGGUGCUGAGCAGCAUCAACCUGGACUCCAACCACAUCACGGGCAAGGGCAUCCUGGCCAUCUUCCGGGCGCUGCUGCAGAACGCCAGCCUGACCGAGCUGCGCUUCCACAACCAGCGGCACAUCUGCGGCGGCAAGACGGAGAUGGAGAUCGCCAAGCUGCUGAAGGAGAACACCACCCUGCUCAAGCUGGGCUACCACUUCGAGCUGGCCGGGCCCCGCAUGACCGUCACCAACCUGCUGAGCCGCAACAUGGACCGGCAGCGGCAGAAGCGCCUGCAGGAGCAGAAGCUGGCGCAGGAGCGCGGCGAGAAGAAAGACCUCCUGCCGGUGCCCAAGGCCGGGGCCGCCCCCAAGGCCGCCCCCAAGGCGUCGCCGCAGCCCUCCCCCAAGGCUUCCCCCAAGGCCGCCCCCAAGCAAGGGGGAGCCCCCUCCGCGCCGCCCCCGCCGCCGCCGCCGCUGGCGCCGCCGCUGAUCGGCGAGAACCUGAGGAACUCGCUGUCCCCGGCCACCCAGAGGAAGCUGGGGGACCGGGCGCUGCCGGCGCAGGAGAAGAACUCGCGGGACCAGCUGCUGGCUGCCAUCCGCUCCAGCAACCUCAAACAGCUCAAGAAGGUGGCGGUACCGAAGCUGCUGCAGUAGGGCGCAGGACGGCUGUCCCCGCACCGCCCGGCGUGGCACAGCCUGGGACCUUCGUCCGGCGCGGGGCUGUUGCCACGAUGAGCCCUCGGGGACCCUGCAGUGACCCAGGCCGAGGAGCAGCAGUCUCUCAGGACAGACAGACGGACGAGGGCCCAGCAGGGCCGGGGAGGAGGACUCUGUAUUUAUUGGGUUGAUGGUUGUGAAGCCUUUGUCAAAGCUCUUUGCCAGCACCGCGCCCCCGCUCCGCCCGGCCACCUGGAGAGGACAAGGACAAGGACAAGGACAAGGACAAGGAGGGGUCUGCAGAGGUGGUUCCUCACCCUUGGAGGGGCUUGGCACCCACCAUCCCAGCUUGCCCCUGGGGCCCUGAGGUGGUCCAGCCUGGUGGUCCUCACUGUUUGGAGGGGCUGGGGACAGCCAGGUCAUCGUCACAGUGUCACUCAGGGAGAGUUCUGGGGGGCAGGUGCCAGCUCGUCCGGAAGGAACUGAGCGACUUGGAGACAAGGGAGAGAGGGGGGACGAGAGCAGUGGGGACCCAGGGCAGGAGCAGGGGGACCAGUGCCACCAGCAGCCCUGCCCGCACCUCCAGGGACGCUGCCCACCCCCCAAAGGGGGCUGGGGGGGCACAUGAUGCCCACCCACCCCGCUGCACCUCGGUGAUUUGUAUGGCUGCGACCACCACACCAGCAAUAAAGCUC